GUCCACAGGGAUGGAUACAACAUCCAAAAGUAAAUUCCUCAAGCUUUUGAAGAAGGGCACUCAAGAAGAAGGUGUGGAGGAGAAGGCGGAGGAGGAGGGGGAGGAGGAGAUUCCACAGAGGAAGAAAAAAUACAGGAAAACCAGAGCCGAUAUGGCGGUGACAGACGAAAACUAGUGUCACUUCGGAGAGCCAAACGUAGAUAUUUCCUAUUUACCAUCGC